CAAAGGUUGUUGCUGAACUGGACAACGCAGCAGUUUUGGGGAUUUCCAACCCAGCUUCUCACAUAUAAGCAGACCCGAGGACUAUUUUCUUAUUCCGCCUGUGACAGCAGACAUGGCUUCCUGCAUCUGCAUUGUCCAUUCUGAGCAAUGGCCAUCAAUGACCUUUGACACCAUGGAGAGUGACAAAGUGAAGAAGAUAAACGAACAUAUCCGAUCCAAAACCAAGGUUUCUGUGCAGGACCAGGUCCUUCUGCUAGGCUCCAAGAUCCUCAAGCCCCAGAGAAAACUGUCAUCUUACGGCGUUGACAAGGAAACAACCAUCCAUCUCACCCUAAAGGUGGUGAAACCCAGCGAUGAAGAGCUGCCCUUGUUUCUGGUGGAGUCAAGCAAUGAGGGGCAAAGGCACCUUCUCCAAGUUCGAAGAUCCAGUUCAGUGUCCCAGGUGAAAGAGAUGAUUGAGAGUGUGACCGCCGUGAGUCCCAAGACUCAGAUUGUGACUUGCAAUGGAAAGAGGCUGGAAGAUGGCAAGAUCAUGGCUGACUACAACAUCAGGAGGGGCAGUUUGCUCUUUCUGACAGGACACUGCAUUGGGGGGUGACUCCAAGCCCACUCCCCUUUAGCUCUUACCAGUCACAUCCUUUGAUGAUUUCCAAAAGCUAAUGAGAAUGAAAUAAAGAUUGGAGAUGAGUGGGGUGGAUUAAAACUA